ACAGUUUAUGAAAGGUCAAAUAAAAAAAAAAUGACACGUAAAUGCUGAGUUAACUAAAUAGUUAACAGCACCUCCCUUACAGAAGUUUAAUAAGUUAAUAUGUUUCUGGAAAAAGGAUUAACUGUAUUAAUAAUUUGGCAGAAAACAAUGGGAUGUGGUACAUUUUUAAGGGCUUCUAUUAUAAUCCUUUUCUUUGAGCCACUCACAUUUACAUUUCAUUUAAUGACCCAGAGAAAAGAGGAUUUUUAAAGUCAAUAUAAGGUAAAGUGAUUUGUUUUUAAGAGUUCUCGUCCUAAAAAUAGUUGUAAAAAGAUUGGCUGGUAAAAUGAAGUUUGUUUUAUAAACUAAAUGAACAGGAGUUUCAUUGAUGUGAAGAAAAUAACGGUGAAAGUUCAUAUCAAUGAAUUACAUUUCGUAAUAUUUACUCUCCCUCGCAACAUUGCAAUAACUGCGUAUUAUUUUUCCACGGUUAUUUUGAGGAAUUGGUUUGAGGCGGAAACAAGUAGAGAUUGAGCCCCCCCUAACCAGAGGUGUCACAUGGCUAACUAUGGCAAAGGCUGCUUCAGUUACUGCUAUCCGGAAAGCGCUUUAAUGUUUGUUUACUUCUGAACAACGACUGCUAAAAAUUAACCAACAACUAUUCUCGUGAAUUGCUGUACUCACGCUUCCGUCGGCGAACACUGGCAAGUUCAUUUAUCCGUAUGUUAUCCUGAAUUGACCAGUCACUUUUCAUGACAUUGCGUUUGUCAUGGUCUGUAUUUUCUUUCAGGCAUGUCAUUUUUAAAUCGGCGAGAACUGGAUAAUUUCAUGCCUGUUGUGGUUUUUAAGUAGUUAUUAUUCUCUUUUGGUGCUGCGAUAAAUCACAGUUUACUCGGAUAUAGUCUCUUUCCUGCACUGGACCAGAGACAGUGAAGAUGCCGGUUUCAGGGGUGUAAAGUAUGUGAGUGAUAAGUUUCAUUAUUUAUGUAUUAUUUUAUGAAAUUUAUAGUACUUUGAUACUAUUAAAACUUAACGCUUAUACUUUUAAUUACAUUUCCACAAUUAAAGAAAUCAAUAUUUUAAUUCAUUUAAAUUUUAGACCUUCAGUGUACAACAAAGUGCAUACUUAAGUUAUAAUCGCUUCAAUCUUUCAUCUUAAAAAAGUUUUUUUUUUUUUUUUUUUUUUUUUUUUUAAUGUUUUUCCAGUAAAGCAACAAGCCAGUCAAAUCGACGUCCUUUAAUUUUUAUUUGAAACAGCCAAUGAAAUUCAUUUAAAUGGUCAGUUAUGUCCAUUUGUUCUCACGUAGAGAUUUUUAGCACUUAUCACAACAUAGUGGUUGACCUAAAACAAAGCUUUAAUUAUAACCAUAGUGAAAAAUGGGCAAUGUAUGUUAAAUGUAAAUACGGUAGAUGAUCGGUCUAUAAACAGCUAUACCUACAUGUACUGUAAAACAACUAUAAAACCGGUUGUUGGUGAAUAUAAAGUUUAACUAAACAACUAUAAAACCAGAUGUUGCUGAAAGUAAAGUUUAACUAUCAGGCGUCAGUAUAGGUUACUAAAGUAUAGCCUUACUAAAGACUAGAAAAUCACAAUUAAAUGUGUGAAACAAUGUGUGAAACAUAAUUUCAGUUUUUUACACCCCUGUCCGGUUUGUUUCAAACAUUUUUUUGCCACCAUGAUUGGAUCUCCAGACUUGGUGGCUUUCACUAAAGAAACAGAUUUCAGUGAAAUAGACCCAUCAGCUCUUCCAGAGGAACUGUCUGUGCCCAUGUAUCCCUACACUGGGGACAUCACCCCGUGGUCCAGGAUGUCUGGUGCUAAUUUUAAGAAGGACUUUAUCCUUUUAUCAGAGUUUUCGGAGCAAGUUGGGCCCCAACCUUUGCUUACUGUUCCUUCUGAAACCAAGGCUUGUGGGACGUUUGAUUUGAACCACUUCUCCCUUCGAAUUAUGUCAGUGGACUAUCAGACCUCCCUCGCCAGCCCGGCAGGUUGUGGCUCUUUGAAACUGAACUUUGUAGAAGACUCAAAGGUAGUUUUAGGGGAUUCUAGAGAAGGAGUAUUUGCAUAUGUGCACCACCUUACGCUCUAUGACCUGGAGGCUCGUGGAUUUGUGCGACCUUUCUGCCUCGCCUAUGUGUCGUCUGAUGAGAAUAAAAUCAUACAACAAUUCCAGCAGCUUUCCUCAGAGUUCUCCAGAGUCUCUGAAUGUCUGAAAACGGGGAACAGGAAGAACUUUGCGAAUGAACUGGAGAUAAAACUAAGAAAUCUGGGGUAUACAAGAGUCAUGUUACUUAGAGAGAUAGAAAGAGAGUUAAAUAAUGCAUCUGUAAAGUGCACCAAUGAAAGGGAAUGGAUGAUGAAUGGUAUACCUACAUUAGAUAGAAAUAUAGAAGAUGUGAAACACAAAGAGUGUGAAACUGAAAUGAAAUUUCAGAAAGACGGAUGUGGGAUUUCAGGAAAGGCAGAAGUAGAGUGUGAAAAGGAGAAUAGGUCAUGUAUUACACAUGAGAAAGAUAAACAGUUUGGGGAUCGAAGGAAGGACAAGCAGAGUAAUAGAUCUUUCCCAAUGCCGUUGGCUAACAAAGAACAGGAGUUGGCCACUGUAGAAAAAUCGAUUCAGGAUUAUAAAAGCCUUUUAAAACAGGUCACUUGCUACCCAACCAGGAAGCUAAGAAACUCUGAGUACUCUCCUUAUGAACCAGAUGACCUCCCUCACUCUCUGGAACUUGACCUGGAUGAUUCAAAGCAUGAUCAGCUUGCUGGGCCAAUGCUAGAAUGCAAUGUUUUUACUUACACAAACACACCCUCGCAUUCUUCCCGAUUUGACAAGCGUCUGAAAACUCUUGAAGAACUGUGUGACGACUACUUCCACCAACAGGCUCUACAGCAACUGUACUCCAUUGAGAGGACAUUCAGAGGAGAUAUUUGCCAUCUCUACACACAACAACUCUGCCGUAAUCUUCUCCGCAACCUUAAAUCUACCAAUUUCUUAUUUGAGGAUCCAUGUGACUUGGAAGGUGCUGGAUUACAGAUGGGAAUAGCUGGUCAACAUUCAGUCCGACAACCCUCCUUUCUUCCUGCACCCUCAAUUCUAAGUGAACCUGUCAGUCUUGAGUCAUAUGCCUCCUGUGUUGAAAUGGUGCCAAUCAAACUAGAGUUAGGUGGAUCUAGCCAAUCUCCAGUUGUACCCAGCUCUGUAAAUACCCCUUCCGAGGAUAGCCUACCCUUGACAUCCGACACCGCCCCUGUAGAAGCUGAAAUGGAAAAUGAGGGAGCAGUUUCAGCUCUGGAUUGUCAAGAAAAUGUGGAAUAUGUUUCAGCUUUGAUGAAGACCAGUAUUAGUAGUGGAGAUAGUAUUGAGGUCUUAGGGACAGAGAAGUCCUUCAGAUCGCAGGGUUCAAAUUUACCAAUGGAUACAGCAAUGCAAAGACCACCAUCUUUGUCCACUACAGCUGCACUAGAGUAUCUAAGGCAAGGGAGAGUACCUACUAGACGGACUUGCAGUGAAGACAGCAUUGAGGUGCUUAGCACAACAGAAUCCAUCCUACCAGAAGAACUGCGUGCCUCAUACCCUUGCGCAAUUGAUGAGGAAAUCCCAGAGCAAGAGAAUGAUGAGAAAGACAUGCGUCAAAAACAAGACAAAAAUUCUGAAUGCGUUUUGGAUAUGGACAAUGUUCCUGGAGAUCAUGGAGGUGCCUGUUUGCUGGAGCAGCAAGGUUUUUAUCCUGCCGUCACCCUGACCCCACCUGACUGUCCUAUUACUUUGACUCUGGGUGGGUCAAGCUCUCAAGAUGCUUGUCAUGUAACAGAAUCGCUCCCUUUCUCAUUGUUAGAUGAGCCCUGUCGGACAGAACCUGACGAUUUGUCAGACUGCUUCAGCUACCUGAGCACCACUGCCUCCACAACCUCCGAAUGCCCUUUCUCUGUUUGUCUUCCCGGGGAUAAAAGAGAAGGUGGGACCAGACGGAGGCGUGGCAGAGUAGGGCGGGCAGCAUUGCAGUUCUUGCGACAGUUUCCCUUUGCAGUUCACGCAGUGUUUAGCCUUCUAAGUGGCCGAACAUUGGUGGUACUAGGCAACGAGGAGGCUGCAGUGAGACGACUAGUUACAGCACUUUCUGUGUAUGUGCCACAUCUGAGUAGAUACAGAGACAGCAUUCAGCCAUGGACUUCAAUGCCGCUGCAGCUUACAGACCUGCUCAACUGGAAACUUAUCGGCUUUAAUAGGAUGUGCUGUUUUACUCACACAAAUUUGCCUCACUGCCUGGGCCAUUAUAGCCGAUAUCUCAGUGUUCUAGAUGUGGAUCAAAAGACACUGCGCUGCCCAACAUACAGUGGUACUCUAAUCAACCUGCUGGUGGAUCCAAGAAGCCACUUCAAACGUGGAAACACCUACUUCAUGUUUGCUCAAAGUGUGCAAUGCAAGCUUGUCACCAGAGCAUUCCUUUUAACAUUUUUACAUGGUCACCAUACAACAAGAAGGCCUUUGGAAAAUACAAGGACAGAAAGUUUUCUUUCUGAAUUUCACAAAGACGAUAAGAAAAUACUCAACUAUUUAUCUGAGCUCAUUAAACUUAACUUCAUGGAGAAUCCACCCAAUAUCCUCCGAUUCAGCUACACCACAUCCUCUGUUUUCAAACUCUGAAACAGUCAUUCACACAAACUAGACAACGAUUUGAGCACUGUACAGUAGUUAUACUUGGCUUUGAUUGCAUUCAAACACAUCUAGUUGUUUUUGCCUGGCUGCAACAGUAUAAUCUUUACAUUUUCUGCAUGCUUUGAAAUCUUGUUUAUAAAGGAAGUUGAAUAGAAUAUUUACAGUAAUAUUGCGCAAAGAUCCCUAAAAACCGUCAUAGGUCACAACCUUAAAUGAUCUGUAACAAAGCAAUAUUAAACAGCUUAGUGUUGCAUUUGAAACUUUGUAAUUUAUUUAAAUUACUACUGAUGUUCAAAGAUUUGUAUAUGGUUCUGUUUCUGAAUAUAAUUGUGCUUUACAUGCUCCAGAUAUUAAUCACAGUACUGUAAUGUUGAAAAAUACUGGUCAUUUCCCAAAAAAGAAAAAACACUUGACAAUGAAAAAAAAUUUUAGAACUACCACUUAUAUCCUUUGAAAACGUUAAAGGCACUCUUUCUGUACAUUAAAACUGUACAGUUUGUUCAUCUUGUUGAAAAGUCAAAUGUUAAUAUAUACAUAAUAAAGAGUUCUUAAUUUUUGCA